AUGAAAGGCUUGGUCUCUCUUCUUCCCAUCUUCUACGCCAUCGUGGCCGCCGACCCAACCGUCACGGUCGGUGACGUAACUUACGAGGGCCUUUACAAAGACCAGGUCGAAUCAUGGCUCGGGAUCCGCUAUGGCCAAGAUACCAGUGGAAGCAAUCGAUUCAAGCCGCCACGAGCAUAUGAGCCAGUAUCCGGUACGACGGUUCACGCCAAUGAUCCUGGGCCAGCCUGCCCACAGGCUACAGGGCCGCCGACAGGAGUGUUGAGUGUUGGAGGCAUUCCCAGCGCUUCGGAGGAUUGUCUGCGACUUAACGUAGCACGUCCCAAUGGCACAGAAGCUUGCGAUAAACUACCGGUGAUGGUCUACAUCCAUGGUGGAGGUUUCGUUUCCGGUUCAAAAGACGAGCCAACUACGCAGCCUGGAGGAUUGAUCGUUCAAUCUGUAGCCAAUGGCCACCCAGUCAUCAACGUGGAACUGAAUUAUCGUCUUGGAGUCUUUGGUUUCAUGCAAUCGGAAGCUUUGAAGAAGGAAGGCUCUGAGAAUGCUGGUCUUCGUGAUCAGCGUCUCGCUCUGGAGUGGGUACAGGACAACAUCGAGUUCUUUGGUGGAGACCCGAACAAGGUCACAAUUCACGGACAGUCAUCUGGUGGCCUUGCUGUGGGGAUGCAAAUCCUUGCCUAUGGAGCCGAAAAGCCAGCCCCGUUCCACAGAGCAAUUUGUCAGAGUCAAGCACUGGAAGGAGAGAUCACUGGCAACACCACCAGGAAUUCUGUCUCUAGAGUAGUCGACUACGUUGGAUGCAACACGACUAGUCUCGAUUCUGCAGCCACAGUCAGCUGUCUGCGCAACUUGACCACGGAGGUAUUGUAUGAAGCUUUCUCUGAAACUGCUUCUGGCGCCAACCUUGGAGAUGAAUGGCUUCCUGUCGUUGAUGGAGAUUUCCUCCCUGACGCUCCAAGCUCUCUCAUCGACGCUGGACGGUUUAGCAACGUAUCCGCGAUGAUCGGUUGGUGUGAGAAUGAUGCCGUUUACUUCAUCGAUGCGACCACGGUCAAGACUGCCAACGACACCCGAACUUUCUUCGAAGAGUUUCUGCCAGCAUUCUCGCAGACGAACCUGGACCAUUUACUCGACCUCUAUCCAGAUUCGGAAUUCCAGACCAGCCGCUUCUCCAACGGUUCAGUCAAGCUGGAGGCGCAAGUCUACCGUGCGGGGAGAAUUCUUCGAGAUAUCUUGCUCACAUGCCAACCCAUCUUUCUUGGAACUGCUCUCGCCCGGGCUGGAAAUGACGUCUAUUUCUACAAUCAGAACCAGACAAUACUGACUGAGAUUCUGGAGUACAAGCGAAACUUGUACGGUUAUGGUGCUGUCCACACGAGCGAGUUCGCAUAUAUGUUUGGGAAUCUGAGCUCGUACAACACCAAUGGCCUUCCUUUCAACCCGACAGCCUCGGAUUAUGCUUUGCAAGACAAGGAAAGCAGGUCAUGGAGCUCAUUUGCCGCACUCGGCCGUCCUUCUGUCGCCGGACUCGAUACCCUCCAAGGCUGGAGACAGGCCGAUUUCCAGGAUGAGAACUAUGGAGUCUAUGUUAUAGGCGGUCCAGAAGCAGGAUACUCAGGAGCGAAUGGAUCGCAUGCGGCAAGGCAAGCGAUUGAGGCUCAGCAUUUGCAGAAGCGAUGCUCGUUUCUGAACUCGCCUGAAAUCAUCAAACAGUUGCAGUAUUAG